AAUAUAAGUGAGUCAUUUGUGGCCCGAGCCACAUUCAUUUCUGUGAUUUGUGUAUUUGUUUCUUUAAGACGUGAUGUGCCAUUCUGACCAACCAGAGUGAACUGACGCUAAAUCAACCUACCAGUACAUUUUAUAGUUUCUAGGCAACUCUUCAAAACUUUCGGUUGCACUGUAUUGUGCUUCUUUGUGAGCUGUCUUAGUAGGCCCUAUUUUGUUUUUUAUUUUAAAAUGUAUUCCCACAUCAAAGAUUUUAAUAGGCAUGAGACAAAAGUAACCGAUAUUGAAAAAAAUAAAUUCGCUAUGGUAUUCCAACAUUGUGAUGAAGAUAAAAAAGGGUAUCUCAGCAGAGAAGACGUUAAGGUCGCUGUUGUCAUGUUAUUCGGAUAUAAGCCUUCUAAGACAGAGACAGAUGUAAUGAUGGCUUCAGUUAUGCAAGCAAACAUCCCUGGUAUGCCUUUGGAUCAUUUUAUAAGUCUCAUGGGAAGAAAACUGGCAGCGCAAGAUAACUAUGAAAAGACGAGACAGAUCUUCACAGGAUUUGAUAUCCAUUGUCGUGGAUUUUUGACUAUGGAAGACUUCAAAAAGGCAUUUGCCUCUGUUGCACCCCAUUUACCCGAGCGGACGGUACAGGAAGCGUUCAGGUACCUGACAUCACAGACCAUUACUGAACUGAAGAAUUAUGAAAGGCAAUUGUACAUUGAAGAAUAUGUAAGAAAUCUUGCUGUUCAAUUCAUGCCUUUUAUUCCCUGUAGUAAGUUUUUGUAGUUUUUGAAAAUACGCCAGUUGACACGUGCCUUAUUCACAAGCCUGCUGUCAUUGAAGAAUUCAAACAGUUAUAAAAUGUAAGGCAGUGUAAGAAAUAUAUCGAUUUUGGGAGGCUGAGCCUAUUACACAUGACUUACAGAUAUUUUUCUCAUCCGCUUUCUCUUAAGCCAAGUUUAGCCACACAAGAUCCCUAACGUUAUUGAAAAGAACGCGGCUGCACAGGUUCUGAUUUACUAAGAUGUGAGCCCUGGCACAAAGCAAAUAGAAGUCAGAGCUCAAGCUGUUUUCCAUGCUUUGACAUCCCAGAUGUGGAUCUGACAGUUCUCUUUCCAAUAAUGUUUUGUUCUAAAAUGUAAAAAGCAAACAUACAUGUAUUUCAAAUUGAUACCUAUUAAAAUACUGAAAUACUAAAGCAUCUGGUUUUACUCUUAGCUUUGUGAUUCCUUUUUGUUAAUCAGAGUUGUUCUAUUUUCUCUAAAACCACCAAAAUCCUUCAGUUAACCAUGGCACUUCUGGUGUGGUCCACUUAUUAAAUUGAAACUAAACCUGCUCCUGAAGUAUAUAAACAUAUAAUUAUAUGUAUUAAAUUAAUUUACCAGAAUAGCCUUUCAGAACCCUAUCCCAAUUUAAAAAAUGUUCACCAAAUUUAAGUCACCAUUUGGGACUACAGUUAUGAUUAUAUUUCUGUCAGUUAAACAUAAAAGUGAGAGUAUUUUCUGAUUUUGGGUGCCAGAAGAUCAACCAUUUCAAUGUUGUUAGAUCACAACAUAUGUGCAAUUAAAAAUAGUUGAAUCAUCAGAUUUUCUUUUGUACUCUGUGGUUAACAUAGAAAGUGUUCAAGUUUCGAAUACUGUUUAUAUGUAAGGUCUACCCUCUGGAAUACAUGUUUGUGCUUUCUGCUAAAUUCUGUCCUUAAAAAUAUAUCUGAUCCAUUAUACUGUAGUUACUACUGCUUUUAAUAUCUGUGGAGGUGGUGUACUUUUACAGUACAUUGUUUUCACAACAUGGAAUAUCUCGCAUCAGUAAAUUUGUUAAAUCAAAUUACCAUACAAUAGGAUUUGCUAAUAGAUUAAGCUGCCCCUUCUGUUACUCUGGGUUGCUUUGUGAUUUUAAAAAAAAAAAUUUGUACAGCCAAAGGCUCACUCAACAAAUGUUAAUUAAAAGCACAUACAGAUUAAAAAAUGUUGAAAUCCAUAAUACAGGGUACCCUGCUUAGCUCAAUUAGCCACGGUAAAUAGUGCUAUCAACAAUCAAAGGUAUAGUUAUACGCAAUUUCUGUUUGGAUCGGUUGCUAUAGUAUUAAAAGGUAACUCGGCACAGGGUCUAUGACCUUGAAGUAUCAUUCAUUAAUAGUGAAGCAAUUUCCCUAUUUCUAGCCCAAAGUGCAUUUUCCCAUUCAUUAAUACUGAUUAAUGGGCAGUUGCUAUUUACUUUAACAAAAUAGAAAUACUAGUGAGUACUACCCUAUCCACACUGCCUAAAUAAUGCAUGCUCAACAUGCACUGAAACCAUGUGAUUGUCAUUAACUUCCUGAGUUUCCUUAACAUUUUUACAGACAUGCAUAUAAAGAGACCUACUAGACAGUACAUGCACUGAUGAAUGUUUAAUUUUCACAGCCUUGAGCCCGGUAGUUAGAUCUGUCACAAUUAAGAUCAAUUGUUAAGACUGUAUGGUAUUUAAAAAUGUCUAACACUGCUGAAUAAACUUAAAUGUAUUAAUCCAAUAUGCUGGUUUGUGGAACUUGGGAAAGGGAAAUGUGUUGCACGUCAUUAUAUUGGAGCCAUUACACACUGGUCUUCCUAAUAGGAUGGUCAAUGCUUAUGAUUGAGCUGAAGCUGGAAAGUACAGGAGUGCACAUUGAAGCAACCCUCCUUCAUUAACUUUGAGGGAAUAAUCCUGUGUGACAACUGAAGAGGACUAAUAGCAGCUAAUAGCUAAGCGAUAAACUAAUUGUAAAAUGGUUAAACAUACAUGUAUUAUAUAUUCAGAUAAAUGACAACUGGGUUACCAUUUCAAUAACUGUCCACUGGUAAUUUUUACUUGUUAACUGCUUGUA